UAUGGCAAAUAUCAGUAUCACAAAAGCCUGGGAUUUCGCCGAUGAUUCAUUCACAGAGCGGAGGAGGAUGACGGAUUCCUUGCAAUUUUAUAAUUGCGUUAUAUAUUCUAAACUGUCGCCUUAUGCAAAUUGUUCGAGGCGCGAAAGAAAAGCUGGGGUGGGGCUGGCAAUUGUCAAUUUGAACCGCAGUCAAUAAGGACCGUUGAUUCGCAUGAGUAAGCACGGAUUUCCGUGAAUUGUCCCUCGCUGAUCGUCGAAAAUGCUACAAAAUUGCUCGUGAAAUUUUCAAUUACAACUGUAGGAAUGUAGUUAAGUUAUCAGAGCGUAUUAUGCCAGUGUUUUAACACAUUUGCGGGGGUGUUGCGCAGAGAAGAACUGGUGGUUGAACAGAUCAUACCGAAAGAAUUUGUAAGUCCCGAAAGUAGUAAGUUGGCCUUAUAUGGAGCAGACCCCGGGGGGUUGUUUUUCGUGACGACCAAUCACUGACAAGACCGCCAUUUUUCAGCCAAUCACAGACGAGCCAGUGGUUCGAUCCGAACAGCCAGUAACUGAUUCACAUCGAAGAAAAGUUCUGUUCUCAUCAUUCGCUCGGGAAAAUUUUUGAACCAGUUAUUGCAAAAUGAUGAACAGCAGUUUUCAACUGGCGUUCUACGAUACACCGGAUUCGCUCUCGCUGCAAGAAAUGGUGGAGUGCGACAGCCGCGAAAUGGACUUCAAUUUGAACGAUCCGUUGUUUCAACUGCACGAACAAGGUAUAUUUCAGGACAUCCACCAGCAGAUGAUGACAGUGAAGCAAGAAAGGCCCAGAGCGGAAUGUACCGGUGCAGGCGAUUUAACAAACUUGCAAUGGCUACAGAGCGUUAGUAUACCUAUGGAGAAAGGCUCUAAUGGCGAGAAACAAGUGAUGGUCGAUCCUAAUACUGCGUUACCCGUGCAGUGGCCGAAUCACCAGGCAGUUUCUCUGUCCCAAGUACACACGCAAGUUAACGUUACGGCCGUUCCAGCGCCUCCGAUUCUGCAGGCACGUGCGACGGAUUCUAAGCCAAAAGUCCAGCAGCACAACGCGAAAAAUGGCAUGAAAGACAGCUUAAAAUCACAGGAAAAGUCAUACCCAAAGCCGCUGUUUUCUUAUUCGUGUCUAAUCGCGAUGGCCUUGAAGAACAGUGAUUCAGGCACACUCCCUGUCAGUGAAAUUUACAAGUUUAUGAUGGGAAAGUUUCCGUAUUUCAAGACAGCUCCAGAUGGUUGGAAGAAUUCUGUUCGACACAAUCUCUCCUUAAACAAGGCAUUCUGUAAGCUAGAGAGACCUCAAGGUGCUUCACAGAGAAAAGGUUGCCUAUGGUCACUUAAACCCGAGAGGCGUGAACAGAUGGACAAGGAAAUCAGAAAGUGGAAGAAAAAACAUGCCGAGGCAAUUAGAGCCAGUAUGGCAAAUCCAGAGUUAUCCAUCUCAAGUGAUGACUUGGACAAUUCUCCUGAACAAAUGCUGAUCCAAUCAGAACACUGUGAAGACAUAGCUGCAGCAGAUGCUGCCAAGGAACUAUUCGGCAAUGACUUGAUUCACGAAAUUCAACAGAAUGAAGUCCUUGAUUGGGAUGAUAUUAUUUCUCAGAGCACAGAGCUUCCAAUUGAUCCAACACUUAGCACUUGCACAAGCUUGCCAAUGUCGACGCAGCCAAUCAAUGGAAUGCAUGGAUGCGAUCCAAUCACCACCACAGUGGAAAUGGAAAAUUCAGCUCAAUAUUUUGUAAACAGUGACGGGCAAGAUUUUGACCUUCCACUUCCUUAUGUGUCACACUACUAUAGCCUGCCCCAGCCGCAACAACAUAUCAAUGUGGGUUUUUGAUUAGUCAGAGAUAUCUAGCUAGGACUUAUUGAAAAAUAAUUUCUUUAAUAUACAGAGAACAAAAUUUCUUCAAGUCUCAACUAUAGCAAUGUAAAAGCUUUAACAUGCAAGUCAGGACAGUUGUUUUUAAAGAAUGGUGGCAAAAAGACACUGUAAGAAUCUUUUAAGAGUUUCUUUUUCGUUACAAGACUGUAGGUUAUCUUUCAUUGGUAAUCUUGAAGGCUUUUAAGACUCUUCAAUUGCUUGGGAAACCUUAAAUUGUGUUAGCUGCCUACUUCAUAUUGUUUUCAUACAACUGACUGACUCACAAACGGGCAAUUACAGCGGAUAUCAAAGUUUUAAAGAUAUCGCAUACUUGUUUCAUGUCCACGAGAAUGGCUGCUAAUGAUGCUUUUACGUAGUAUUAUAUCUUUUGAACUAUUAAUAUUAAAUAUUUCAUUGCCAUUAAAUUUGUAAUUAUUUCUUAGACUGUUUGUUUUAUAACUGUGGUCUGCAGUCAAAAUUAAGCCAUAAAAGUUGUUAGCACAAUGAUUGCAUGCUUUGUAUAUGCAAGUACACUGUCUAUAUCUGUUAUUUCAAUGUGUUAGUAUAUUUAUUAGCUUUUAUGGUUAUGCUAUAAAAAGUAUUGAUUAUUAUUGGUGACUUGUUUUUUGUUAGGGUUUGAUGGGUCAGAGGUAGUUGUGUUUUAUAAUGACACUAUUUUUUGGCUGUAAAUUUGUAAACUCAAAGUUUGCAUUAUUUUAAUAGUGGGUCCUCUAAAAUGUUGUGUAAUAGUGAACUACCAUAGUCCUUUUCGACAAUAAAUACUUUGUCAGCACAUGCAGUGUUUUGGCAAAAACCUGUUGGCACUUGGUAGCAAGUGAAUAAGCAACCUUUAACUCAAUUUAGGCAAUUUUAACUCAAUUUAUUACUGUGAUAGGUAAAUAUUAUACAUUUUUGAAGAUUUGCUUUGCCAUAGUUCAUUUAUAUUUAUUAUGUUUUUGUACAGUCUGAACUUCUGAGCUUCUUUCACUUUGAUUCCAUUUGUAAGUUCUGAUGACAAAUGUUGAAAACUUCAUAACUCAUACCCUUCCUAGCUUUGAGUCGCUUCAAAUGUGAACAUCGGUCAGAUUAAAGGUACUGGUUAACAAACACAGCAAAUCAAGUGACUUUAAACAUUUGUAACAUAAAUUAUCCACUCACAAUACUUUAAUAUAGUAAUCAAUAUUCCAAAUUUGUAAAUACUAAUAAAAAGUAGAUAACUUGUUAAUUUAACUUAGUAGUCUGUAGUUCAUUUGGUCAAUAAUAAUGUAAUUAUGUGUCUUUUUUCAGUAACUGAAUUACAGUAACUGUAUUUGUAAUAUUUUUUUGGCUUUUUUAUUUUCAUGGCUGAUCAGGGAAAUAAGAGUCAGUCAACGUCACAGUGGAAAAUAUUAAUAACAGUUAAUAAUAUAUAUGGUAAAUGUACAAGUUGUAAAUAAGAUCAUUUUGGUAGUGAACUAUUGUAUUUCAGAAUUAAAAAUCGCUAAGUAUGUAGAGCAUUAUUGUUUGUAAAGCAGUGAGCGCAUAUGCUUCAGUGCUACCAAUAAAGAAAAGCUCAAGAACUUAA